UACUCCUAUGGAGAGGAUGUGGGGGACAGGAUGGUUCUCCCCACAGGCAGUGAUGUAAACUCCCCCUAUGUUUCACCUCCAAUGGGAAUCCCUUUCCUUGGAUCACUUUGGGAUAGAGUGCAUUUUUCGGAUAAUGGAUUGGUUCACUUUCAGUUGCCUCACACCAAUGAGAAGUACUCUUUCCCAAACCCACCGGAGAAUGGCUUCCAGGGUGAUGAAGGCAUGCCAAUGCUGGCUGUCUUUUGGGAAGAUUCCAACCUCACCGCAGGAGAUGGGAAACUCUUCUACCAGGUUUACAGCAAACCAGAUGCCCAGGACAUCUUUUCCAAAAUAGCAUUCAACAGAACCACAGGAGACGUGAACAAGUAUUUAGUUGAAAAGCGAGACAGAGCUGUAUUUGUACCGCGAUGGAUUCUGAAGAUUACGUGGGAUCAUGUGCUGCCCGUUUUCUUUCAGUCAAGUAACUCCUCAGAGACAAACACUUUCCAGUGCAUCCUCACCACAGACGGUAACCGCACGUUUGCCCUGUUGAAGUACUCCGAGAUGCUGUGGGGUCCAGGUCAAAGAGUCAACCACAGAGCACUCAUGGGAUACACAGAUGGAGCAGGGGCUUUCUACAACGACCCCCACACGCAACAGAACAACUCCUAUGGGCCGGGGGGACGGUACCGGCCAGACCAGGCGCUCGGCAACACCGGACUGCGGGGCCAGUGGAUUUAUCAACUCGACAUGCCGGGAGCCUACGUCAACAAGGAGCCAGACUACCGCAUCAUGUGUCAUCAGUGGUACCUGAACGAGCCUGACGCUUCCUUGUGGACUGCUGGGCUAACCCCCUGCCCCUGCCACAGCUCUCAAGCUGCUGAAGAUGCCAGCUUCACAGUGGAGGUUCUUCCUGAGGAGAUGGCAGCGAGGGUGCAGGCGCUUCGGAGCCUGCAGACUGAGGGGUUCGUCUUCCAGUCCAUGCUGCCCAAUAAGUACAAUGCGGGCCGGAGGUGCACCUUCAGUUCCCAGGGUUACCUGCUCAGAGGGAGCAGUGAUCGCUUCUUUAUUAACAGCCCAGCCUUCCCCUGGGUUGAGGAGCACAUCAACAAGGAUCUGCUGCCCUUCGACUGGUGCUGCAUUAAAUCAUCCCAGUGCCACAUGUACUACACAAAGCGACCACAAGAAAACUGUGAUCAUUAUACACCCGGAGGGAUGGGCCUGGUCUAUGGGACCCUGCAUGUGAAGACCUUUGACGGGACUGACUACGUUUUUAAAGGACUGGGCGAAUUUGUCCUUCUCAGACUGUCGUCAAGCCAAGGAUCCAACGUCUUCACCCUGCAGGGGCAGACGGACGCUGUGGUGACUGACGGAAGGCAUUCAAACGUGACAGCUUUUGUACGACUAGCGGCUUUUUAUCAGGGAACAAGCAAAGUAGAGUGGAGACCAUCUGACAGCAAGGAGGAGCUGAGAGUGCUGGUGGAUGAUGAAGCAAUAGAUUUAAAUUCUGGAGCCAGCUAUAUGAAUCAGGACGGGUUUGCCCUGAGCUGCCCCCAGCCCAGGCAGUGCAGCCUUGUUUACUACUCAGGCUUGCAGGUGCAGGUGGAGAUGGGCAUCAGUGGAUACCUCAUGGCCCUGAUUAAAACACCGCAGUGCUUCUACAACAAGACUGUGGGCCUGCUGGGCAUGUGGAACAGCAACCAUGCAGACGACUUCCUCUACUCCAAUGGGAAACGCUUAGCUUCUGAAGAGGGGAAGCUCCCCUCUGAAGAGGAGCUGCAGGACUUCGGCCUCUCCUGGUCUGUUCCCUCUCCCGAGAGCCUUCUUCACUCAGACCAGCCGACGAGGACAUUCCGCCCUGCCUUCACUGCGGAGCUGCUGGCUUCAGUGAGCACAGAGCGGCUGCAGGGAGUUAGUGAGACCUGCAGUGGGAGCGAGCAGUGCGUCCAUGACACUCUAGCCACCAACAGCGUGGCUAUGGGUUUGCAGACUGCACAGUACAGCCACAGAUUCCAAAAACUCACCGUCAUAUUUGGAAGUAUGCCUCCUGUGUUUACUGGACCUUCAUUUAUCCAGUGUAAACUAAACUCCACAGUCAAGGUAACAUUCAAAGCUUUGGACCCGAACAACGACACCAUCAGAUUCUCACUUGUGUCUCCAGAGCCUGAGGGAGUGCACAUCGGGAGUGCUGACGGUGUGCUCACCUGGACUCCACAGAGCAUGGCUCCAGUGACGUUGACAGUGCAGGUUAAUGAUCAGCUGUCUGGUUCUGUAUUAAGCCCUGUCCUUCAGAUCUGUAACUGUACCAACGGAGGGACCUGCGAUUACACCAGUGUCAUCCAGAACCAUCACAGAGGAACAUUUCAGGUUGUAGGCUGCCUUUGUCCAGAAGCCUAUUCUGGAGCAUUCUGCUCUGACCCUGUCAAUGCAUGCAGAGGGAAGCCUUGUUUCCCAGGUGUAGCCUGUGCUAAUCAGCCCAGCCCAGCAUUCUUCACAUGCGAUAUGUGUCCUACAGGGACAGUGGCACAAGACAAGAAUGGAUAUAAGUGCUUUAUAAACAAUUUCUGCCUGCCUCCAUUCCCGUUCCCAUGCCAUGAGAUGGCUGAAUGCUUCAGUUCAGGGUAUAAGUACACCUGCAAGUGUAAGGAUGGAUUCUCAGGGGAUGGGCUCAACUGCACAGACAUUAACGAGUGUGAGAACCCAGUUACAUGCGCAAGUGCAAAGUAUGAGUGUGUCAAUACCAUUGGAUCGGUGACGUGCUCCUGCAGGUACCAGACUGUUCCAGACACUGACGCCUGCGGUGACUCAGAGAACCCUCCAGGGUGGAAUGUUUUCAACUGCACUUUGAAAUGGAAUUUGUUGCUCACUACUCCAGAACACACCACUGACCAGCUUCGAAACAUCCUGGCUCUGGGCUUCCAGAACAAGUUCUACAACGCGAGUAUGAAGUCAUUUCUAGGGGGCGGUCCUGCAGUGGAGUACAGGGUUAAUGUGUCCAGCGACACGCCACACUGGUAUGUCAGGGACUACCUGUCACGAGUCGGACAGUUCUACAGCAUCGACCCAGCCACCAUCACAGUGGGAGAACUAAAUGAAUGCAUCACAGGGGAAGCAAACUGCAGUUCAACAGCGUACUGUGAAAAUACUUACGGAGGAUAUAAAUGCAUCUGCAACAGUGGUACUUAUAUGGGGUCUGAGUCCUGUGUCUAUGCUACUGGUAAGAAUUUAUAUCAUUCAUACUAGUGUGAACACAAAGCAAGCAUUUAUAUCAUUCAGUACUAUCGUAAUGCAAACAAGGGUCACGAGUCUCAAAGCCAUUAACUGUCAUUAGCAUGAUGUUUUUCAGAACACGGGGGCUCCAAGCUAUGCCACUGCUGACCGUGGACAGGAGUUCCCAGGGGCGGCGCACCAUUGGCCAAGUUUCACCUAUUGACUUUUAGCCUAAUGUGAAUAAAGUGGCUUCACUGUA